AUGGCGACUACUAUUAUAAACCCACCUCGUGAUCCCAAUACCCUGGCCAACUACAACAACUGGCGUACAUUGCACACAGCUACUACCUUGGAUAUCGUCUUUGACGAGAAGAAACUGAAGGGGAAGGUUGUUCACACCCUGAAGGCAAUCACCGAUGCUGAAAGUGACGAAGUCAUUCUGGACACCAGCCACCUACUAAUUCACAAUGUCACCGUCGAGGGCAAAACGGCCAAGUGGGAGCUGCUUCAACGUCUCGAGCCGUAUGGCAGUGCGUUGAAGAUCAAACUCGACCACAAGCCAUCACUCGACAAAACUCUAGCGGUUCAAAUUGACCUAGAAACCACACCAGCUUGUACCGCCCUUCAAUGGUUGACACCGGAACAAACCUCUAACAAGAAGCACCCUUACGUGUUUUCUCAAUGUCAAGCCAUCCACGCUCGGUCUAUUUUCCCAUGCCAGGACACUCCAGAUGUGAAAGCAGCCUUUGACUUCCACAUUACCUCCCCUCUACCGGUUCUGGCGUCUGGGAUCGCGGCCAAAGACAACCCAACAUCUCCAUCGGCGAACGGGUCAUCUCAAGUCUUCAACUUCCAACAGAAGGUCCCCAUUCCCUCCUACCUCUUCGCACUCGCCGCUGGAGACAUUGUGACAGCUCCAAUAGGGCCCCGUAGUGUCGUAGCCACGGGCCCAGACGAGUUGAAGGACUGCAAGUGGGAGUUCGAAGAAGAUACAGAGAAGUUUUUGAAAGCGGCUGAAUCUCUGGUUUAUCCGUACGCAUGGGGAGAGUACAACGUGCUAGUCCUCCCACCAUCUUUCCCUUAUGGUGGAAUGGAGAACCCAGUCUACACAUUCGCCACACCGACCGUCAUCUCCGGUGAUCGACAGAACGUCGACGUGAUUGCACACGAACUCAGCCAUUCUUGGUCGGGCAACCUGGUCUCGAAUGCCUCUUGGGAGCAUUUCUGGCUCAACGAAGGCUGGACGACGUAUUUGGAACGUCGCAUCCAGGCCAAAGUUCACGGAGGCGACCAAUGGCGGGACUUCUCAGCCAUCAUUGGCUGGAAAGCCAUGAGCGACAGCAUCGAGCAAUUUGGGGUUGAGCAUGAGUUCACCAAGCUUGUCAUGGACUUGAAAGGGAAAGAUCCCGACGACGCCUUCUCGUCCAUCCCUUACGAAAAGGGCUUCAACUUCCUCUAUUACAUUGAGAAACUCAUCACUAAGGAAGAGUUCGAUAAGUUCAUCCCGCACUACUUCGAGACAUGGCGCGGAAAGUCGCUCGACAGCUACGACUUCAAGACCACGUUGUUGGACUUCUUCGCCGCAGACGAGAAAGUCUCGGCCAAACUCUCCGAAAUCGACUGGGACACCUGGUUCUACGCGCCGGGCUACCCACCAAAACCGGACUUCGACACGACACUGGCUGACGCGGCCAACAAGCUGGCUGACCAGUGGGAGAAAUUCAACACGGACCCGGCGCAGGGGUUCCGCCCCAGCUGGCUGGACGUAGACGGCUGGUCGGCGAACCAACUCGUCGUGUUCCUCGAGCGCGUCCUGCGAUUCCGCACCCCGCUGCCCGUCCCGCACGAGAACUACAUGGGGUACAUCUACAACCUGAAGGAAACGCGCAACGUCGAGGUCAGUUCGCGCUACUACCAGAUCGCGAUGGCGAGCGGCGACUUCAGCAUCAAGGCCUUCGUCACCAAGCUGCUGGGCGAGGUCGGGCGUAUGAAGUUCGUGAGGCCACUCUUCAGGGGCUUGAUCAAGUUGGACAUCGACCUGGCGGCCGAGACGUUCGAGAAAAAUAAGGACUUCUAUCAUCCAAUCUGUCGCGCCAUGGUUGCGAAGGAUCUCUUUGGUGCGAAGGAGAAGCUGCAGCAGGAGCAGGCAAAAUCAUAG